CUCGCGUUGCUAUAGUUACCGGGCUGUUUAUAUUUCAGUGUCCGUUUAUGGUGCAGGAGAAGGCCGGAUUGAACUCGCAGAGACUGAAAUGCAUUAUGGCCCAACGAUCAUCCAAAUGUCCCAGACGUCCACCUAAAUCAGUCAGAGGCAUUAACUACAUAGAGAGGAUGCCACCAGAGAUCACUGAGAUGAUUUUUUCCUAUUUGGAUGAAGGAUCUCUUUUUUGCCUUAGCUUCGUCAACAAGCAUUUCUAUGAACUGGCUGAAAACAGUGUCAUGUGGUAUCGCUUUUACACCUGGUACCGAGCAAAAUCGAAGACAUCCAGGCUAAUAAAGGAAGUGACAGAUGGAAUGGACAUGGGCAGCAUUCAGGAAAUGCCAAAUGGAUACUGGAGGAGACUUUUCUUUAAAGAACUGAUCGGUCAUGAUGGAAGUUGGAAAUGGAAGAAAAAACUAAGAUCCAUUAAUUUUUACACCGGACUGCCAAGUCGAACAGCUAAAGUUAUCAGGGAUCUUGAGCUCAUGUGGGAGAUCACAGUGAGGGAUGCGAGAGGACGUGAGAACAGAAUUAAGCACAGUCACGUGUACUUCAACCGAGCGUCUCUGACUGUUGUCUGGAAUUCAGGAAAUUGGCCGAUCCUGGAUAAACCCACUACACUAGAGAUACAUGGAGUGAGGCUUUUGCCUAUUUACUGUCCAUCCACAUGGCGACCAGGGUGCAGAUCCCUCUUAAAAACAGUGGUGGUGAAGAAGGAAGGUGGGAAAGUGCUUGCUUCAGACAAGCUCAUCUCUCUACUGUACAUAGAGAAAGGUGUAACUAUUGGAGUUUGGCAGAAGGAUCAGGAAAUUGCAUUUGUCCUAGUGAACCUACAUUAUCACAAACUUGUGGAAAGACAUUUCCGGGGGUCAUCCACCAUUUCGUAUGAGCCAAUAGAAAGGCAAGCCAGUUACAAUGACAUUGAUCCUGAAUAUGGCUUGCAUGGAUACACUUUGCACCUUGAGCUGCACAACGGAGAGGAAAGCAUUGCAUCACUGAAAUUUGCGCAGCUAUACUGCAGGAAAGAUAAGAUUUAUGGUGAAUUCAUCCCUUUGCAUGUUAUCAGUGCAGAAAACAGUUCAGGACAUACCCCACUGUGUGAAAAAAUCCGCCUGCCUUGGCAGACGGAAUCACUACAGGGACACAUUGAGCAAUGUUGCAUGUUCACUCUCACUGUUCUUACUGAAGCCCAAACACCAUUCUGGUGCGUUACUGCUCCUGUAGCCAUUACUAAAUCAAACCGCCAGGAUGUGUCAUUUGACUAUGAUGCUGAGAGCUUCUUUAUGGAAUAUCAGGACUCUGAUGGAAAGCUAGAGAUCCAGCUGGAGUGGAUAGAGAACCAGAAACAGUUUGUCAUGGUUAAUAUGCUUGUCUUUCUUUCCUUAAGAAAAGUUAACAGUCACUUUCGAUGUAAUUACAUUCCCAGGGACAUUUAAAAUAAAUGCAAAAUAAUACAUA